AUGUCGAAGCCAACCGAUCUGGAGAACGCGUUCGAACAACUCUCUAUCGGUAAAUACGAAAAUAAACGAGAUCAAUUGUCUCUGUCGAAAAGAGUCAGUGUUCUUGUGGACACCCGACCCAAAUGCUACAAUGCGAUUACAUUCAGUUGUCGACGUGAUCAUAUUCUUAUUGAGUUUCGAGAUCGAAGAGAAUCUUCUAAAAACGUGGUGUAUGCUGGAGCUGAUUGGAACUCGGAAGUUGUGUUCUCGAAUGUGGAUUGUGUGUCGAAGUAUGAACCGGAGAAGAAAGUUGAAAUAUCAGUCAAGAGACAAUGCAAAUUGAUCAAAUCGGAGGAUUAUGAGAAAAUGGCAUUCGACGAUUUGGCUAUUGCGGUGAAAACCCCGAAAAUGACGGUGGGAUGCUUCACUUUCGAAUAUUGUGCUGAAAAAAUGCCAAGAGAAAUUCACGACGUAGAAUCAAGCAAGAGAUGCUAUGAGAAGAUGAGAGUUCUCCUCAGCUCAUUUGAUCAUAAACUAUCCGUAAGAAAGCUGAAAUUAGUCGUGGAAGGCCCUGAUGACGUCAUGGCGAUUCUUCCUCAUAUGAUGCCCGUCUUUCUCCGAGAAAUCACAAUUAAAGCUGAGAAAUCGAGCGAGAUUUGGCUUGAUCAAGAGAAAAUCAAUAGAAUUGUGAAUUCAGAACAGUGGAUGAAAGCGAUAACAUUGCUUAGAACUCAAAACAUUUUUGCUUUCUUCCCAAUGGAAAAUCUCAUGAAUUUCGAACGUCUCCAUAUUAAGGAAUGCUUCGUUGAUACAGAACUCCUUUUGAAACUUAGAGAGCUCUUCUCAAAAUCUGCCAACCUCUUCAAAUGUUACAUCGAAUCAAGAGACAAAUUCGACGCAGAAGUUCUUGCGGCAUAUGUCGGCGAACCGGCUCCAUCAACAAAAUGGUCAUCCAAUGUUCGACGUUAUCAACUUCCAGAUACUGAAAAAAUCCUGAAGUUUCAGUUUCAUGGGGACACCAUUAGCAUUCGAAGAUACCCGAAUGAUAUCAUUCUAAGUAUAUAG